AUGUACAUAUUCAAACUCUCCCUGCUCCUCCUCCUCGGAGCAGUCGUCUACCGAGUCAUCCAGUCCAGGCUGCGCAGGCGUCGUCUCCGUCUGAAGGCAGCGUCGCUAGGAUGUGAGCCUGCCCCAGUUUUCCAACUGACGAACUGGCUGGGGAUUCCGGCCAAGAAGGAGUCCAUCCAAGCCACCAACGAAGACCGCAACCCGCAAUUCAUCAUGCAAGCCAUGGACAGCAUCUCGCCGGACUGCCACACGGUGCGCGUGCCCAUCUUCGACUACGACGUCUUCGUCACGCGCGACCCGGAGAACGUGCGCGCCAUCUUCGCGACGCAGAGCGCCGACUUCGACAUCUCCGUCUUCCGGCAGAUGAGCUGGCUGCCGAUGCUGGGGCGGGGCAUAUUCACGACGCGCGGGUGGGAGUGGAAGCACUCGCGGGCGCUGCUGCGGCCGCAGUUUGCGCGCGAUGUCAUUGCGGACGUUGACCGCGAGGAGCGGCAUGUGCGUGCGCUGAUGCAGCGGUUGAGCGUGGACCCAGAGUCCAGAUGGACAGGCAAGAUCGACCUGCAGCCGCUGUUCUUCAACUUCACACUCGACACCGCGUCUGAGUUCCUGUACGGCCAGUCGGUGCACUCGCAGCUGGGCCGUAAGGAUGGCGUCGACAUCGCAACGCACUUCCAUCAGGCUAAAGUCUGCGUGCACCGCCGUAUCGAGCUCGACAAGUUCUACUGGCUGUUCAACACGAAGAGCUUCCGCGAGUCGUGCAGUUUCUUGCACAGAUGGGUCGACGAGAUCGUUGCCGCGAGGCUGGUGCAGCUGAAAAACCACGACAAAAAGUCCGACAAAUUCGUCCUGCUGGACGAGCUGGCCAAGGACACGCAGAACCCGCAGGAACUGCGCAGCGAGACGCUGAACGUGCUGGCCGCAGGACGCGACACGACAGGGGCGCUGCUGGGCUGGGUCUUCUACUUCCUGGCGCGACAUCCGCGAGUAUACGCCAAGCUGCGCGAGACGGUGAUGGCGACGUUCGGCGCGCACCCGACAAACACGAGCAUCGACUUCCGGCGCCUGCGCAGCUGCGCGUAUCUGCAGUACGUGAUGAAGGAGGCGCUGCGCGUGGCGACGGUCAUCCCGAUGAACGAGCGGGUCGCGCUGCGCGACACAACGCUGCCGACGGGCGGCGGCGCGGACCGCAAGGGCAAGAUCUUCAUCCCGGCCGGCACGCAGAUCCUGAUCCCGACGUAUGCGAUGCAGCACCGGCGGGACCUGUGGGGGGACGACGUGGAGGAGUUCAAGCCGGAGCGGUGGGAGACG